UGUAUCACGCCACGGUCCAACGUCAAGUAGUCAUCUCAACACCAGCAACAGAAUUUUACAAACAUAACGACGGCGAAACACCUUUCCCAUGGAUUAUUUUUGACAAUGCAUCGGCUGCAUACAGAUGUAGUUGGGAUCUGGCAACAUUGACCAUGGUGCUCUUCUGGGUUGGUUUAUUAGCGGCUCUUUCUCAAGCCCUGGGUUCUCUGCAGUACCCAGAAGUGCCAGAAGAAUGGGUCCUUCUUCAUGUUGUGCAAGGCCAUAUUGGUGCAGGCAACUACAGCUACCUGCGUCUCAACCACGAGGGACGCAUCAUCUUGCACAUGCAAAGCCUUAAAGGAGAUGCAGAUAUAUACAUCUCUGACAAGACGCUGCGGCCAAAUUUUGAUACCUACAAGCUUCAGUCUACCACCUGUGGCCAGGAUGUGGUGGUGGUCCCAGGGGAUUUUGUCAGGCCUGUUGGAAUCGGGAUCUACGGACAUCCCUCCUACAUCGAGAGCGAGUUUGAGAUGAAGGUGUUUUACGACCAGACAGCACUGACAACAAAUGAAAUUGAGACCGACUCUUAUUCUUCAGAUGAGACUUCUGGUCAGUCUCAGCACGCUCAGGGCCCUGAAGAAGUGAUGGAUGAAGAGGAGUCAAUACUGUGGACUAUACUAAUUGGGAUUCUUAAGAUCAUACUUGAAAUUUUGUUCUAAUUUUGAUGUGCCAUUUGCCAAAUACUACACUUUCCACAAUAAACAUUUUGCCCACUUCGAUGAAUUAAACAUCAAAACGGUUUAGCCAGUUUUUUGACAAAGAAAAGUAAAUGCUUUGUCUAACUUUUUAAUCAUAAGUCAACACCACUUUAAUAAGUAAAAUGUAACUUUAUAUGCAAAUGAUAUUUUUGCUAGUUAUUAUUAGAUUGCAUAUCAACAUAACUGACUGCACUUAUGUUUAACAUAAUAUUUUGACCUCUAAUAUUUUAUUGACAAAAUCUAAAUUUGUUUUUGUGGUACAUUUAUUUGUUUUUACUGACCUAGGCUUGGGAAUUCUAGGUUUUAAACUGCACUAUGCAAUCACACAAAUUACACAAUCUUGUGACAAGGGUUGUACAGCUGUGCCUAUUGUGAAGAAAGUCUGUUGAUUUAUAAGCAGCAAAAAAUCCUCUGUGACUAUAGUUGUAAGAUACAAAUAAAAAUCACUUAUUUUUUGAACAUUGCUUUAAAUCCAACAUCAUUUAUGAGUGUGUUGAGGUUCUAACUGGGAUAUUUUUUCUGUUCAGAUGCUAUGGUUUGUGGAAGUAGUGAUAAGGGUUUCCAUCACAUUUUUAGAUAUGGCAUACAAGAAAUAGUAAUAAACACUUUGUUUGGCUUGUGGUUAGUCAAUACACGUGAGUGUAUAUGUAAACCCCCCUGCAGUGUUAUACACAGUGCACCUUGUACUGUGAUCACUGCAUUAGUUUUUAUGGUACACUAUGAAAAUUAUAGAAGAGGCUUCAUGUGUGUUAUUACAGAAGAGAAAUAACGAUAUGGUUAUUUUUUACCUUAUGUUUUUAAUACUUAAAUAAAAAUACCUUUACUGAA